CGGCAUUCGCCAUUGACAACUGGCGCUGGAGAAACCUACAACGCUCCAGCUCAAAACGCCACUGUUUUUAACGAACAGUUCUUCACGUCCGGGACACUUCCCCAGCAGGAGCAUACUCUUACAAUGACCGCGCUGUCGGACGCAGCUAUUUAUAUCGACUAUUUUAUUAUUCGGUCCACACAUUCUGGUUCUUCUGGAGGGAGCUCGGCUGGAUCCUCUGGGAGGUCACAUCGUACUGGAGCUAUCGUCGGAGGGACGAUUGGUGCAGUCGUAGGCAUCGUAGCUGUCGCUGCUAUUAUCUACUUUCUUCUCACGCGAGGGAAGCGACCGGGGAAAAACAAAGAUCUUAAUUCACUGACCCUGCCGCCAUCAGGGAUUGGGACCGGAAGAAGAGGCACCGUGUUGGUCAGGAACUCCGUAGACGGGAGUUAUUCGCUCUCCGGGGUGGUGUCUCCCCAUCAUGGCCAGCAUACGCGCAUGCGGAGCGUUCAUACUUCGCCUAGUAAUUCUGAUUUUGAUAAUAUCUCCGGCCCAAAAACGGAGAGACGGCUGGUAUCGCGUUUCUCGAUAGGCUCGUCCAUCGUAUCGUCCCAUGGCAAGUACGCUUCCGUUGAUCUCUUUCGCAAUAUCAUUCCCACUCAACCACCCACACCAAGAACUCCCACCUCGGGCACCAGUUCGUCGCCUCUUCUCACGAGCAUACCUGAAUCCCCACCUGCCGGACGGUCUGCAUUUUCACGCUUUUUCCCUUCCUCCUCGCCUCGUAAAUCCCACACACAUAGGCAUAUCCUAUCAGAUGGUGGGCCGUCGUAUCCUCCAGAUUAUGGGCUGAGGUCGCCCCCCAUGUCCCCUGGCGUGUCGUCCUACCAACCAUCUGGCGAACCGUCUAGCCGAAACCUUCUGCAUAGCGUCACAACGAUAGAUACCGACGAUUAUUUCCCGUCGAUCUCUGAUCUCAAAAGGCGACGGUUACCGGAAGUCCCUCGAGACCAACCACCGAGGGAAUCGGUGGCGUAUGGAGGAGAAUCAUCCCAUAGUAUGCCGAGUACCCCCCGUCCCCUACCUAUUCCAGGGAUCUUCGUCAUUCGUCUUCGUUUCCUCCUGGCUCAGUCUCAGGGCACACGUGUUACGCGGAAAGUCGGAGGCGAGAAUUUCAUGGGGCUUGAUCAUGAUGAUCUGAAAAGGCCGAAUACACUGGUGACGCUUUCGAGAGAGGGUAUGUCGGCGUCGACUCUGCCUAUUGUGCAUACGGAUAGUGGGUUGCGGUAUACGGAUGAUCCUGCUGGUGGGCCGUCGGCGGAGGAUAUUGACACGACAACACUUGUCCCGGAUGAACUGCCGCCGGUGUAUACACUUCGUUGAGGUGGAUUUAGUAGUUUUGUUUAUUUUGGACCAUAGCAUUGAUGUACCAUAUUCAUUUUGCUUAGGCAUUGUAAUUGUAUACAUGGCUACAAGGUUGCGGAUAUCACCAUGAAUUCAUUGGUACUUGGCUAACGGAUCACUG